CAAAAGUGAAUAAGUCAGUGCGGCAUAGUGCGGUACGGACGUCACUCUGAUCGAUUAAAAAGUCACAUUUAAGUGACAUUUGAGUAAAAUAAGUGUUAGGUAAGUGGACACGAGAUGGCGUUCCGAUCGUGCGUGGGAGUCGUUUUGUUGGGCUGUUUAGUUCUUGCAUCAGCUGCAGGACCAAAGCCCAGAGGUAGGAAACCAGUCAACCCUCCAGUGAGGACUAUUGCUGAAAAUGAAAGGAAGGCUGAACAGGAAGCUGAAAUCACAAAUGACUGUCCUGAAGACGGUUUCUUUGCUGAUGCUGAACAAUGCGACAAAUACUACGAAUGCAGAGGAGGUUCCAUAAUCGAGAAGCUAUGUCCUGACGGCAUGGUGUUCAACGACUACAGCGCACAAGAGGAGAAAUGUGACCUGCCCUUCAACCUCGACUGCUCUGCCAGGCCUAAACUACAAACACCAAUCCCCGCGCUGCACUGUCCCCGUCAGAACGGCUACUUCUCCCACGAAGACCCCAAGGAAUGUGGCAAGUUCUACUACUGCGUGGAUGGCAAGUUCAACAUGAUCACCUGUCCUGAUGGCCUGGUGUACAAUGACAAGACUGGCAUCUGCACUUGGCCUGAUGAAGCCAAGAAGAAGGGUUGCGGUGCCGCUGAGGUGUUCGCCUUUGACUGCCCUCCCGUCAACGAGACCUUUGGUCUGACUCACCCUCGGUACGCUGACCCUGAAGACUGCCAGUUCUUCUACGUGUGCAUCAACGGUAACACUCCUCGUCGUUCAGGCUGCAAGCUCGGCCAGGCCUUCGAUGACGUCAACAAGAGAUGCGAGUGGGCCAGGAAGGUCCCCGAAUGCGCUGACUGGUACAAAGGACAGCUGACUGAUGCUGAACUGGAAGCUCUAGAGAACCCCCCUACCCCUAAGCCCAAACCCGCUGGCAGCUCCCCCUCUCGCCGCAAGCCAAUGAGGCCUCACAAGGCUAAAGCGGUGGAAGUUGAAGCCGACGAGGAAUAGAGCAUUUAAUAUAAUUUAGCUUAAUAAAAAUAGUUUUGUAAGGGUA